AUGUUAAGAACUUCAAUUCGUGCUUUUUCUACUCAACCAAGAUUAUCAACCAAUUAUGGGUUCAUUGGUUUGGGACUUAUGGGCCAACACAUGGCAAGACAUAUCUACAAUAAAUUAGAACCAAGUGAUAAGUUGUACGUUUAUGAUGUUGAUCCACAACACACAACUCAAUUUUUGACAGAAGUAACUACUCAAACCCCACAAAAUGCACCUUUACUCACCCCGUUAAGUUCAUUGAAAGAUUUUACUACUGAAGUCGAUUCACAAUUAGAUUUCAUUGUUACAAUGGUGCCUGAAGGUAAACAUGUGAAAUCAGUUGUGUCUGAAUUGAUUGGCCAUUACAAAUCAACUGGUAAUUAUGAUCCAAGUAUUAAAACCACUUUCCUUGAUUCCUCGACAAUUGAUAUUCCAACAUCAAGAGACGUACACCAGUUGGUUAAAUCAAGUAUUCCUGAAUUCGACUUUAUCGACACUCCAGUGUCUGGUGGUGUUGCUGGGGCAAGAAAGGGAACAUUGUCAUUUAUGUUGUCCAGAGAAACCCAUGAUGAUAUUGAUCCAAGUUUAACAACAUUGUUAUCUAAAAUGGGUAUUAACAUUUUCCCAUGUGGUGCUACUCAUGGUACGGGUUUAGCUGCUAAGUUGGCAAACAAUUAUUUAUUGGCAAUUACAAACAUUGCUGCUGCUGAUUCAUUCCAAUUGGCCAAAUCCUUCGGUUUAAACUUGCAAAACUAUGCUAAAUUGGUUGCUGUUUCCACAGGUAAAUCAUGGGCUAGUGUUGACAAUUGUCCAAUUCCAGGUGUUUAUCCUGAUAAUAAUUUACCAUGUGACGUCAACUAUGAAGGUGGGUUCAUUACCAAAUUGACUAGAAAGGAUGUUGUUUUAGCUACCGAGUCUGCUAAAUUCAACAAUAGAUUCUUGAUGCUCGGUGACAUUGGUAGACAUUGGUAUGAUAAGGCUUGUGAAAGAGAAGAUAUUGCCAAUAGAGACUUAUCGGUGCUUUUCGAGUGGUUGGGUGAUUUGAAACAAAAUGAAAAAGGUGACGUAAUUGAUGUUAAAAGAAAGUAA